AUGGCUUUUCUUCACGCUCACUCUUGCGAGUGUGCAAAAUCCGAACUUGAUUUAUUCACUCUACCGCCUACUCAGACGUCUUUAGAAGGUACUCAAUGGAUUGAGUAUAAACCUGUGACUAGUAUUUCUGAAGAUUCAUAUUUAGAAUUUCUUAUUCCUGGAAACUCAGAUGAUUAUAUUGAUUUGGCUCAUACUAUGAUAAAUCUCAGUGUACGUCUUGAAAAAGGAGAUUCACCCAUAGAAGAUAAGACUUUAGUUGCUCCUGUUAACAACUUCCUGCAUAGUAUUUUUAACCAAGUGGACGUAUUUUUUAAUCAAAAAGCAGUUUCACCUCCGAGUAACGCUUACGCUUAUCGUGCAUACAUAGAAACAUUACUUAAUUAUUUAGAAGAAGCUAAAAAAUCCCAUUUGACGUGUGCUCUAUGGUGUAAUGAUACACCUGGCCAUAUGGAUGCAGCUCUACAGACACCUAGCAGUGAUGGAAAAACAGUUUUUUCCACUAAUUUAGGGGCUUGUGCUCGUCGUGACUACACUAAAGGUGGUAAAACUAUUGAUUUACUGGGCCAUUUACACGCUGAUGUUUUCAAUCAGGAGACAUUUCUCCUCAAUGGAGUAGAAGUUAGAGUUCGUCUUAUACGUUCCAAAGAAGCUUUUUGUUUAAUAAACUACGAGGCUGAAAAUGUAAAAGUGAAAAUUCUGGAUGCUUCAUUACGAGUACGGCGUGCUAAGAUUAAUCCCGGGAUUUUGCUUGCACACUCAAAAGCUUUAUCUAAAGGUACAGCUAAAUUUCCUUUAACGCGUGUUGAAGUAAAAUCCUUUACUUUACACACUGGUAUAACCGGAGAAACUUUAGACAACAUUAUUCUCGGUCAAAUACCAAAACGUAUAAUAAUAGGCUUAGUUUCAAAUAAAGCUUUUAACGGCAGUAAAAAAGAAAAUUCGUUCAAUUUUCAACAUUUCAACUUAAACUACUUGGCAAUGAGUGUAGACGGGAUACAAAUACCUAGUAGAGCUAUACAGCCAAACUAUCCAGAUAGAUAUGUAGAUGCUUAUCAUACAUUAUUUAGUGGCACGGGUAUUCAUUUUGCAAACGAUGGAAACGAUAUAUCGAGGACAGAUUAUCCCCACGGAUAUUGUUUAUACGCGUUUGACCUCACAUCUGAUCUAUCUGCAAAUUGUAAUACACACUGGAAUCUGAUAAAAAAUGGCACCAUUCGUUUAGAAUUACGAUUUGAAAGUGUUCUACAACAAUCGGUUAAUUGCAUUGUAUAUGCCGAAUACGACAAUAUUCUUGAGAUUGACUCAACUCGUCAAGUCAUCGUUGAUUUUGGAGGCUAG